GCGAGAAGAGCGCUGAGUGUUCAUGACAAAGCAAGUGAACGCCAGAAGCGGCGACGAGAUGAGGUCAACCGGCGAUAUGGCCUACCUUGCAGAUGGAAUGGACGUGGCAAACCUUCCACUAGACUCGGUGUUCCUUACCCCAGACAAGAAAACACGCAUCCUGGACAUCCUCGAGAACAUUCAACAGGAGUACCGAGUGCAGGCACAGAAGGUGGAGUGGCAAAGACAACUGCUCGAGGCAAAGCAACGCCUGAUCGACAAGUACGAAGCUAUGGGCGCUCAAGGCACUACCGUAGCUGCACAACAUGACACAUCUUUGACAUUGGAGAUCGCAAAGUCGUAUACUUCGGAAGAUGGCAUCACCGAGUCCCAUGACUCGCCAACGAUGACCAACGUUACCGAAUUAUCAAGCACCCACUGCAUGGAGUCAUCGGACGCUGCCGCGACCUCAACGCGCGCUGGCCUUCCAUCUCCAUCGAUGACCCUUGUGAAACACAUCCAGCAGCUUCUCGUUCGAUUCCCACAGGACGAUGCGUUUCGACACCACACCGAGCAGCUUUGUGUCGUGGUGUCAAAGGUGCCAGUCCUUCGCCGCGCGUUGCGAACGCUUCACGAUCAAGCGCAAUGGAAUGCUGCAGUAGUCGACGAGUUGCGCCAUGAGCAUGACACCAACUUGGUCCACUUGCAUCACAAGCGUCAAUUCCAGCGAGUCCUUCAAGCAGACAUGGUCCGUCUUCGUACCCAGUGCUCAGACUUGCAUGCGACGAUGGCAGCCGAGCGACGGGCGGCCAGCGACUUGCAAGUCGAGUGCUCCAACUUACAGGAAGAUUAUAUGGAGCUCGACCAGGAGAACCAUCUGUUGCGUGGUAUUGUGGCGCAGUUGGAGAAGAACCACGCCAACUUGCGUCGAAAGUGCCAACAAGUGGCCGCUAUUAACCAGCAAACCAACGAACGACUGGGGAUGCAGCACGAAGAUCUGGCGAAUCAACGACAUAGAGCGCAGGACACGAUCCGAACUCUCCAGACCAGCGUGGAAUCCAUGGCAGCGAACCCAUUAUGGCUCGAAUUUCUCCGAGAUCGGCACAUGUACAUUGACUUGCAAGGCGAGAUGGAGGGUCAUGUGGAAACGCUGCAAAGUCAGCUGCAACAACUCACCCGCGAGCGGUCCCGGUUAGAACGUCAGCAUGCAGACCAACAACUCACCAUUGAAGAGCUCAAGCGGGUUUUGAUGGCCCAGGAAACCAAAUGGACUGACCAGUCCAGCCGACUGAUGCAGUUGGUCGACUCGCAAGAGGAGGCGUUGGCCGAAUUGCGCCAAUCUGCAGCCGCCAUGCAGAAACAGCAUGUGGACAUGGAGCGCAAGUCUCACGACAUGGAACAGCUCGUGGCAUCGCUGCAAGCAUCCAAUGACUCACUGGUCACGAUGGUAGCAGACCACGUCGUCCAACUCAAACGGGCAAAGAAAGACCUGCAUCGGCGGUUCCUUGAAUGCGAAAGCUUAAAAGUGCAGAGGGGAGCCCUGCAAGUCGAACGCUGCGAGUUGAGCGACCGCUGCGAGGCGCACGCCAAUUCCAUGCAAGAACAGGUCGAACGGUGGCACAAGACGAGCGUGGAGCUUGAACAGCGUCACAUAUCGUUGGCCACACAGCUCCAGCUAUCCCAAGACGAAGUGCAUGUGCUUCGCCAGCACGCGCUGCCGGAUCUGUCGCCGCUGUUCACCGCCCAGUCGACCCCCUCAGCGCCACUGACGUUGGACGACUCGGUGCUUCAAAAGAUCCAACAAGUGCUGGACUGCCGUAUCCAAGAUUACCAGCGCGACCUCGACAAGUACCCGUCGAACGCCGCGUUGAAACACUUUUUAUCGGUCGAGUCCGUGUUUUUAGCCGCCCUGCGCGGCCGGCUGUUGCUCUUGGCAUGACGUUGGAAGGUUCUUUUAUUUUGAAUUUACAGCAAAUUACUACUAUUAAUAGUAUGGGCCUUUCGUGUUUCUGGUUCAAG